AGGCCUUGGGGGGACUGAUGAACUCCGGCCUCUGGUUCUUUUUCCGCUAGCCUUGUGGUCAUCGUUUUCCGUGUGGAGGGAAACCCUGAAGAGUACUGACAAGUUCUCAACCAUUUUAAACCAUGGCUUUGGAAUGGGUAACAUUCAGGAAAGCGGCCCUAGAGUUCACUCAGGAGGAAUGGAAUAUCUGGGGUUCUGCUCUGAGGGAAUUGUACUGGGAUGUGAUGAUGGAAAACAGCAACUUAGUCUCACUGGAUUACUUCCAUGCCUUUGGUGCCUGUUACAGAAUGGAGACGUGUAAAUGGGACAAAGCACUCCUGGGAUAUGACUACAAGGGAGAGAUGGAGAAACACGAUCCAUAAGGGUGAGCUGGAGAUGGAAGAAAGGACACAGUGUAACACGGGGACCUCCCUUCUUGCCAUAUACUAAUAUUAUAAUCUAUUGAUUUUACGUCUAUCUUUACUCACUA